AUGUCUCAGUUGGAACCACAACAACCAGUUCAAGUUUAUCCUAAUAAUCCAAACAAUUUCCCUAAUCAGGCAAACAAUAUCCCAACUCAAUCUUCUUCUUCUUCCUCUUCUCAGUCAAAUGGUUCAUUUGUCAGUGUUUUCGUUGUCCUGGCUAUAGUUUUGGUCAUAUCUCUCAUUGCUUGUGUCGUUGGACGUCUCUGCAGCAAGAAAAGCCAUGGUUCUAAGGUGAAGAAAAGCAAUGGUCAUCCACAAAAACAAAAAGAGGGAAACCAGAAGCAUAAUGAGUUUCAUCAAAGAGGUCAAGGGGAUAUAGAAUUUGGAUUUGAUAAGAGAAUUGCAAGUUCUAAAGUUGCUGCAGCACAUGGAGAUCAUUAUAAAGGGUCUAAGCCUUUUAAGAAUACUGGAGGUAAAGGAGGAGUUAGAUUUGCUGAUGAUCAUAUUGAUUUCAGGCCUGGUCAUUGA